UUUUGCAUGGAUCAAGCCUAGUCACGUGACCACAAGAAGUGUAGACACAGAAAAAACAUGGCCGACAAAACUGGUGGAAUCAAGCCUCUUGCCAAGAGCAAGGGGCUUAGUGAAAGUAAACUUCGGGCAUUCGACAUUGGAAACAUGUCCUUGGGCACUAAGUCACUCUCAAAACGAGAACUGGAAGAGAUGAAAAGAAAGAAAGAUCAAGAAGCCACAGCUGCAGUCUAUGAAGAGUUUGUGGCUUCUUUUGAAGAUUCAAACAAGUUAAGCAAAGCAUGGGUGAAAGGAGGUGUUGUAAACCCAGACAAAAAGAAAAACGAGAAAGAAGGAACGAGCAGACUGUACAAACCAGUGUCAAAACUGUCGUCAAUAUUUUCCUCCCCUAAAGAGGUGAAGAAGGAGGACACACGGACAGAGGAAAAACCCCAGAAACCAAACUUUGGAAAAAAGAAAAAGGAGGAAAAGAAGAAAAGUAACCUGGAGCUUUUCAAAGAGGAAUUGAAGUCCAUCCAAGAACUGCGAGAGGAACGUCAUGCUUUGAAAAGGGCUCGAGGGGAGACCAUUGGGCCGGAGGAUGCAGACGCUCUGAUACCCCCAAGUCUCCGAGGCGCUCCUGAGUAUGAGACAUCGGGGGGAGGAGGAAGUCACCCAAGAGGUGGAGGCUUUAAUUAUGUAUAUGGAAUGAACGACACUGGCGAUGAGAAUACAACCAACAUCUACGUGGGCAACAUCAACCCAAAAAUGACAGAGAAGGAGCUUUGUGAGAUUUUUGGCAAGUAUGGCCCCCUAGCUAGCGUCAAGAUCAUGUGGCCGCGCACGGAGGAAGAGAGGUCCAGGGGCAGGAACUGUGGCUUCGUCGCCUUCAUGAACAGGAAAGAUGGGGAGAGAGCCAUGACCGUGUUGAAAGGCAAAGAGGUCAACGGCUUUGAGAUGAAACUGGGCUGGGGCAAGGCUGUACCCAUCCCCCCUCACCCCAUCUACAUCCCACCGGCACUGGCUGAGCUGACACAGCCCCCACCCCCCUCUGGCCUGCCAUUCAACGCACAGAUAAAAAAGCGGAAAGACCGCGAGGAUGAAGAUCAGCUGGAGUUACUCUCGGAGAAUCCAGAGGAGCUCGAGAAGACGUUAGCGAAUGCAGUUGUGAAAGUGGUAAUCCCCACAGAAAGACAACUGCUGGCUCUGAUACACCGAAUGGUGGAGUUUGUUGUUCGCGAGGGACCCAUGUUCGAAGCCAUGAUUAUGAACAGAGAACUGAAUAACCCGUUCUUCAGAUUUCUGUUUGAGAACAAGAGUCCAGCGCACACAUAUUACCGAUGGAAGUUGUACUCUGUCCUCCAUGGUGACACUUGUAGCAAAUGGCGAACAGAAGAGUUCCGCAUGUUCAAGGGGGGCUCCAUCUGGCGGCCACCGCCCAUCAACCCCUUUACUCAAGGCAUGCCCGAGGACUUGGUUAACCGCGAGGCCAACUCGGAGUUUGAGGUCAUUCUGCGCAAAGGGAAGCUCACCAACAGCCAGAGAGACCGGUUAGAAGACAUGCUUCGAGAGUUAACCCCUGAGCGGUCAAAGGUCGCCGACGGAAUGGUGUGGUGCUUGGAUCACGCGGAGGCAGCUGAAGAGAUAGUGGAGUGUAUCUCAGAGUCUCUCAGUAUCUUGCAAACACCGCUGCCUAAAAAGAUUGCUCGUGUUUUCCUUGUGUCGGACAUAUUGUUCAACAGCAGCGCCAAAGUUCCAAAUGCUUCAUUCUUUAGGAAAUUUUUUCAAGGAAAGCUGAAGGAUAUUUUCAAAGAUGUCAACGAGUCGUAUGAGAAAAUUGAGGGCAGAUUAAAGGCGGAGCAAUUCAAGCAAAAAGUGAUGAACUGUUUCCGUGCGUGGGAGGAUUGGGCCGUCUACCCAAACGAUUUUUUGAUCAACUUACAGAACAUCUUCCUGGGACUUGUGGCGCCUACUCAGAGGGAGGAGCCCCAAGAGGAGAAAGAUGAGGAAUCUGUGGAGGUGGAUGGGGCGCCCCUGGAAGAUGUUGAUGGCAUUCCACUGGCGGAGAAAUCCUUGGUCGCGGACGUUGAUGGGGAGGAGCUGAAAGAGGAUGUGGAUGGGCUGCCCUUGGGAGAGGUUGACAUUGACGGCGAGCCUAUCACCCCCAAGAAGUCAGUGGCCCUGGCGGCCCCCGCCCCCCAGCCGGCCUUUAUCCGCUCCAAGUGGGAGGAAGUGGACGAGACUGAACUGGCAGCUCAGGCCAUGACCACAUCCAAGUGGGAGAUGCUGGAGGCGGAGGAUGAAAACAACGUGAAUGAUGCUGGGGAGGACAUUGAUGGCCUGCCGCUGGACGACCAGCAGCAGCAGCAGUCUAACCUCCAGUCUGACGACAGCGACAACAACAGCGAGGCGGGCUCCUACAGUGCGCUGCGAUCUUCCAUACCGGACAGCGCCAUCGCCAACCUCAAGUACAGCCAGAUGUCGGAGGAAAGGAGGCAGAAACUGCGGGAGAUUGAGGUGAAGGUCGUUAAGUAUCAGGAUGAGCUGGAGGCUGGGAAAAGAUCUCGUAAGAUGGGCCUAGCCAUACCAGAGCAGAUUGAGCAGUACCGCAGGAAACUACACAGGAAGUUCCUGGACCCAAUGGACUCCCCUCAGACGGACCGUGAACGAAGCGACAGUGCGGGCAAGAAAAGGUACAGGUCACGGUCAAGCUCUCCACUGCGCAGGGAUAGGUCAUCUGACCGCUCAGACACACCCAAGAGGAAGAAGAAAGACAAGGACAGAAGCCCGAAACGUUCCAAGAGGUCACGGUCAAGGUCAAGAUCACCAAGGCGUGGAGGGUCUCGGAGUCCAGGGAGAGAGAGAAAGAAGCACAGGUCACGCAAGCACAGAGAUUGAAAGCGUUACUGUUUGUAGUGUACUUUGUAAUAAAGUGUUAAAUGAUUGCCUGCAAAGUUGGGCCGAGAGUCAAAUUAAGAAAAGAUUUUGAGAAAUGUGUCAGGACACAAUAUAUUUAGGCGCUUGUCAAGUUUUGGGUAUAUGGAGUUAUUGGUAUCACCCGAAAACAUGUUCUUUUGUCUUGCUUUUGAUUUUAAAAGAUACCCAUAUCUGUCAUGAAUAAAAGUCGAAAUGUUAUCUGCUAUUAAAGGAGGGAGGGGUUGCUUGGUGUGAGAAGUAAAAUUCACUAGAAAAUAGCUGACAAAGUUUGGCAACUUCCAAAGCUUGCUUGUCUUUGAAAACAGCAAAUUUGCAUUUUUUUAUGCCUUUGAUCAACAUCAACUUUGUCUGUAAAAUCCACACAGGAAUAUGUUUAUAAAUAGACAUGAAUGUGUCGAGCCACGAAAAAAAGGUUUGAUAAAAAUUAACCAAAGGGUUGAAAAAAGCAGUUUUCUACGAUUUCAUUAUUUUGACAAGCAUCUAUUUCACAAUGAUGCCACACAAAUGAUUCUGUAGGCUGGUUUCCACCUAAAACUUGCCCAGGAGAGAAUUGCAAGAUAGUGUCAGCAGUGGAUGGAUGUGUGGUUGCCAGCAAUUGUGGCCAAGACAUUGAAUUGUGUAUCUCUGUAAAGUAUGCUUGGUACAUCAGUGGUGUGGUAGUUUGUCUUUAUCUGGAAGUGAGUGGAGGUCAGUGCAGAUUUUCAUAAGCAUAAGAUUGCCGUGGUCUCAUUUUGAUGUCUUGCAAUGUUGCAAUGAAUGGGGUUGUUAGAUUAAAGAAUUUUGUUUUUAAAGACAAGAUUCAAUUAUUUUUUUUUAUAUGGGGAGAAAGUGUCACGAGUUUUUAAAUUCUAUGAUUACUCCCUUUGUUGAUUGCUAUUUUUAGUAUAUAUAUAUAUAUCGAUUAUUGCAAGGGAGAACCUCUAUAUAGGAAGUCUGUAAGAAGGCACACACAGAAUGGACAACAUGAUUUUUGUAUCGUGCCAGUGGUUUUAAAAGAGUGCCUGAAUUAAUGUGAAGCCAUAGUGUAAGUAAAGUUAUGGUAAUGUGUUCGGAUGCUGCAAGACAAACGCUCAACGUGAACUUCUUGAGAACUUCUCUUGAAAAUGAAUGUGGAAUGGAAGAGGAUGUCUUUUGUACUUCUGAAAAUGCAGAAGUUUGUAAAAUAAUGUAUCUAGUGAAGACCCAAGUUGUCAUUUGGUAUGAGGAGAAGUUUGGAUCAAACGUGUGGAGAUUGUUAUUAUAACAUGUUGUGAGACUGUUUUGACGUACAUGGUACUGUUUUGACUUGUGUAAUGACUGUUGCUGUUGCUCAUCAUGUGGUUAGAGUUUAGUGACUGAGCUGGCAGUGUGGUCUGUGCUUGGCAGGCUGUUGUUCUUCCUUGUUUUGCUCUGGUGAUAAGAGACUUGUGUGUGCUGUGUUUUUGUGUGUGAACACUGUAUAGGUCAAGUCACAUUUGAUUAAAGGAAAAAUGUUUGGUGUCUUCAGCCUUGCUGUAAGCAUUUGUAUUUUGCACAGCUGUGUUACUGAUUCUGACCACCGAUUGCAUGUCUGUUUAGCUGCAGGUCUUGAUUGUAAUGCUUGCACAAGAGCUAGAUCUGAAUCUCCUUGAAUGAAAUGACUGAAUUAGACUGAGAGCUGCUCUUAUUGUGUUUUUGUUCACAUGUCGUAUUGAAAAUAAAAACAGCUAAAUACUUGUAAACAAACA